AAGAGCAUGAUUUUUGUUAAGGUGACAUUCAGGUGACAGGACAGCCACCUCCCUCAGUCAUUGCGAGGUACAGGCAGCAGCAACCCAAUAUUAAGACCCCUGUCAUUUUACUUCGUUUCUUGCUUGUCGUGAUUUCAGAUAACGAAGUACCAUCGUGAAACAAUAUAAUUAUUAGGUUUUCCAGCGUUUAUUUACGACCACGUGAGUCAUGGGGCGCAUGAGAUGAGACGUUUUCUUAUAUAGCUUAUUCUGAACCGACAGUUGAAGGAGAGAAAGAAGGCUCGUCUUUGGUGAAGUACAGCGUGUACGCGCCCGCCUUAUAGGGCUCUCCUCCUGUGAUUGUGUGAGCCCGGACCACGCGUGCGCGCCCCCCCUGCGCACUGGGAGCUAUCCAGCAGCGCCCCGUGUCCCUGCUCUGCUCCAGCUGUCUGUCUCUCCAGGAAUGAGAAGCGAUGGCCGGCACCGCCAGCGAGGAGAAAGCCUUUCGCAGGUUCCUGGAGAUCUUUCUCCGCGAAAUGAGAGGAGCGCUAGGGGAGGACGAGCCGCUGCCGCUGCGCCCGCUGUCGGACCUGGUCUCCGAAGACGAGGUUGAAGGGGAGUGCCUGGAUCUCUGUCUUCAGCACCUAUGCAAAUAUAACUGCCCGUUCUCCCUGGCGGCGGCCCUGGCACGAGCGACCGCGGACGAAAUCCUGCAGAAUGACCUGGCCGUGCAGCAUGCCAGCAAGCAAGCGGACGGCAGCGAGGCCAUUGCACAGCUGGACUCAGUGAAGCUUGCCCGGCUGGUGUUUAACAAGCUGUAUGAGACUUGCUGCAUGUGGCUGAAGGAUUUCCCCCGGCGCAGGAGGCCCUUCCCCUACUACGAGACCUCCAUCCAUGCCAUCAAGAACAUGCGCAGGAAGAUGGAGGACAAGCAUAUCGUCAUCCCCGACUUCAACACGCUCUUCAACCUCCAGGACCAGGAGGAGCAGGCGUACUUUGCAGUGUUUGAUGGCCAUGGAGGGGUGGAUGCCGCGAUCUAUGCCUCCAACCACCUCCACAUCAACCUGGUGCGGCAGGAGAUGUUCCACCAGGACCCCGCCGAGGCCCUGUGCCGCGCCUUCAAGCUCACCGAUGAGAAGUUCGUCCAGAAAGCGGCCCGCGAGAACCUGCGCUGUGGCACGACAGGGGUGGUGACGUUCCUGCGGGGGAACAUGCUGCAUGUGGCCUGGCUCGGGGACUCCCAAGUCAUGCUGGUGAAACGUGGACAGGUUGUGGAGCUGAUGAAGCCACACAAACCAGACAGAGAGGAUGAGAAGAAGCGGAUCGAGGCGCUGGGAGGGUGUGUGAUCUGGUUCGGUGCCUGGAGGGUUAACGGAAGCUUGUCUGUAUCCAGAGCGAUUGGUGACCCAGUGCACAAGCCCUACAUCUCUGGAGACGCUGACUGCACAUCUCUGCCGCUGGAUGGCACUGAGGACUACCUACUUCUGGCGUGCGACGGCUUCUUCGACACAGUGAGCCCCGAGGAGGCGAUGCACAUCGUCUCCGACCACCUGCUGGAGAACAGCGGUGACAGCAGCAUGGUGGCUCACAAGCUGGUGGCCUCGGCGCGCGACGCAGGCUCCAGCGACAACAUCAGCGUCAUCGUGGUGUUUCUGAGAGACCCGGACGCGCCCCUACCCGGGGAGGAAGAGGAGCCAGCGCAGGGGAAGGACUCUUUUGAGGGAGGGGGGGAGCAGGACAGUCAGAACCACGGGGCAGAAAGCGGGGGCAAAGCCUGGCCUCUGCACCAGUGCUCUGCCCCAGCCGACCUGGGUUAUGAGGACAGAACGGACUCCUUAACUGACAGAACUAGCCUUGGCCUGGGCCCUGAGCUGGCCCUGAUCCAGGACAAGAACCGGCUGCAUCUCCCAGCCUCCGGAGCUGGGAACCCCUCGAGAUCCGCCCCCUCUGCCCCAGCCCUGCUGCCAGCCUCAGGACCCGGCGCGGCCAGGCGCCCCCCGAGAGAAGAGGGUCUCUCAGCCUACGGACUCCGGGAUUCACUGUGGGCCUCCAAACCCCUCCUGCCCUCCUCCAAUCAGCGACCCACCCCCUCUGGACACUGGUUCCAAACUGCCACCCUUCUUUCCCAGGAAAGGAGGUCAAUGACUCAGCCGCCCCUUUUCUUCCAGGGGCGUCUACGUCGCUGCAGUCGCCGAGGGAAAGAGGUGUCCCCCUCCCUGCCCUGGCGUAGAGCGCCCCGGCACAGGCCCAAACCCUGGAGCUGUCCGACACGCCCUAGCAUAGCCAUCCUCGACCCGCACCGGUGCUGUAAUAUAUAGAGGACAGCGAGAGAGCUGUGUCCUGUAGUGUUUCACUCAGCUAUCAUAACGAUGCAUUACACCCUCAGCGGGACCCUCUGGGGACGCUGUGGCCAAUUCCGACACCUCCGAAAAUAAACCACUGUGCUGCUGCUGCUGCUGCCGCCAGACACACCCCCUCCAACCCCGCUGCCCACAACGACUAUCAAGAGAGAGAGCAGGGAAGCGGGGAGGGGGCAGUAAAAACAAUUCCUUGUUUCUCUCUUUCAAAAAUCAUACAGUGAAACCUUUAUUUUUAUUGUUUUUCUUCUUUGAAAAAAGCCAUGCAGUAGACUUGGCUUAGCUGAAAACUUGAUUUGAAGUUUUCAUCCUUUUGCUCCCCAAAUCUAACUGCGUUUCUCAUUUUGAGUUUGUGCUUUAGACAUCUGGGUUAUAAAUCCCUCCCCCAUCCUCCCUCACUGUAGGAUAUCACUGGAACUGAAUAUCUGAGCUCACACACAAAGGUGGGUUUGGUGGCAGCAAUGCAAUCAAGGACAACAGAUCCAGCUCCUCUACUCCCGCCCCCAGCCCCCUAUGGACUUCUGAACUCACUGCAGUCACGCGACUUUCUUCUGCCGCUAUAGAGAAGAAGUUACAAACCCAAAUCAUUCUGAUCCUCUCCUGAAGCGAGCAGUGACCCACACCGCCUCAUUACAAAAGGACAUUAUAUAACUGGUAUAUAAAUCUAUAUUUCUAUGUGUGUGCGUGUGUGUGUGUGCGUGGGUGUGUGUGUAUAUGUAUAUGUAUCUAAUAUUUAAACCGAUACUGUAUAUUAGCAAGAAAACGGCACAUUGAUCUCACGGAAACAUUCUUGAAUAGGGUUCACGCAAGUAGAUCUCUAGCAGCUGUAGCAUUAGGUUCCCCAUGUGGGGGUGUACGAGGGAUCUGCCUCCUGGAAUGGGGCUGUAUUUACAAGGCAGGAGUCCUGAACGGGGAGAUUUCCAGCUUCAAAAAGUAAAAAUGUAAAUCCUCUACUACAGUGAUAAGUAAAAGCAAAGCGAAUAAAGACUUAUAACUAAGUUGAACUUAUGGAUAGCUGGUGCAACCGAGCCCCAAGGCAUAAGGGCCGGUGUCAGUACUAAGUGCUUGUUAUAGCCUGCAGGGAACCUUCACCCAAUCUUUCUUAAUGUUGGCCAACAUUUUGUAUCAGACUCAUCUGUAUGUAUUUAUGUAGUGUGAGUAAGUUUUUUGUAGGCUAGCAGUUGAAAUGAUAAAAACCUGUGCUUAUGAACCGUGGCCGUUAUAAAAGCUAAGUGUAGUAAAGCAUUGUAAGGUAGCACGUACAUGUGGUAAAACAUGACACAAACAUGUUUCAGUAUGGUAAACAGCUACCAGGGUACAUAUUAUUGGGGUCUCAGAUAAGAGAAGCACAGAUCGCUGAAUUUUCUCAACCCCCCUCUUGAGAUUGUUUAGCCAAUCAGAGCUUAUCUCUCCUGGACCUCCCCCACACUUGCUACAACUGACUGAAAAAAUCUAAACUACCUCCAAGUAGCUGAUGUUCUCAGGCACCCGAGAGUAGUUGGUCGAUUUCGUCAUUCGACCACCACCCACCAGCGUUUGGAUCAAUAAAAGAUCUCUCUGUGUUUAAGGUCAUGAAAAUCAAACACAUACACGUGCACAGAAGUGUACUUCCAUCAAAAAAGGAAUCCCAAGAAAGAGUCAAACAACAACAGUGAUACUUAGAUCUGCCACUGUUUAGGUAAACCCUACCCAAUCCUAGAGAAGCCUGCACCAGUAGACCCCGCCUCCUCCCUCGUAAUUCUACAGUGAGCUCCAAUGGGAGCUUGUUGAAGUGUGGACCACCUCUGGUGCUCCUCCCCUUCUUCUCCUGCUGGCAGAUUGACCCCUGUCCCCGAGUUCCAUAGCCUCUAGUACAUAUGGUCCACUUGCCACCCCUUGGUUCCAUGCACUAGAACAUAACAGUGCUUUGUCAAGCACAGUGUUUAAUCUUUAAUGCUGUUCCUUUUUCAUUUUCAAGUCUAUGUGCCCAUGUAUACGGCUGCUUGCUCCUGUAAGCAAUAAAUAACCUUUGAGCCGCGUGCUGGGAGCGCUUACUCAGUGGGUUUCUUUCUUUUUAUGGUAAGAAAAUUAAUAGGAAUGCUCUUUUGAGCUGAAAAACAUGUUCUUAACUUAUCAUCCUGUUCAAGGGUUCCCUGUCCUGAAAUCUCAUCGCCUUGCGUGGGCAUAAUCAAAAUACCAUAAGGGAAAGUGACAUGAUUUUUUAGUUUUAAAUGAGGGUCAAAAUUAAAUUUUCUUUACACAACAGCAAUGAGAUUAAUUUAGAGUGAAAUCCUGCGCUUUUUCCUCAUCUCUUGUGGUUUCCAAUCACCACAGCAUUCUUGGAUGGCUCAGGUGUUACAUGGUUGAAUUUUCGCGAGGUACCCACGAUAGCUUUGUCCCUGCAGCUCGGUAAUCAAGCAAGGCAGCACUGUGAUUGCUCAAGCCUGCUCUUCCUCUAAUUACUGUUCUCAGUUCUGGUUAUCCUGCCUACAGUAUAUAAAGCUCCUAUCAAGUCUGUGUUAUCUGGAGCUUUAGCAUUAAUCAAUACAAAAUAAAUAACACAAUAACCCUUUUAGGUUCCAGUCCUAUAAAAGCUGGCUCAAUGAUAAAUAAUAUCCAAGGGGGAAAUUCAACAAGCGGGAACUAACUGUGCUCUAGAAGGAGCUGCCAUAACUGCAUUAUAGCUUAAACAGAGACUCUGUAACUGAGAUGGGAUUUCAUACAAGAUCCCACCUGUCCUGCGAUUCUAACCACUAGACCACAAUGCUCCUUCCCAUUCUCGUCAUCCUAACCACUGAGCUACUCUACCCCCCAGUGUCUCUGCUGUAACCACUAGGUCACAGCUACCUUCCCUGUCUCUGCUAAAAGCACUAGACCCUAUAGCUCUAACUACAAGACCUACACUGCCUCCCAGUCCAUCCUGUUUCUCUGCUGUUCUCAAAUCAAACCCACUGAGUGAAUUCUCUUUUGCCUGCAGGUUAGAUUACAAGUAAACGUUGUGUAUCUUCGGUGUUCUGCUGGUAUAUAUCUGGUGACUAUUAUCAUGUAUAAAAACAUGGAUUAAAAGUCUCUGAUGUUAUUUCUUCA